AUGAAAUCAGUAUUACGUAUAUGCAAUAUAAUUUAUAAGAGAAAAUGUUAAUUGAAAUUCGUAAUUACGUGUACAGUCGAUAUCAUUCUUUUUGCUAUUUCUUUUUUUCAUGGGUGGUUCAUCAUCUUCACUGCUUGUUACUGUUAAUUCAGAUUUUAUGUUUCUUGGCGAUGUAUUAAUUGUAGGAUGUAACUCAUUAUAAAUAUAUGUUAAUAAUUUUACUGCUCUUUUCCGUUUCUGUAUUUUCAAUCCAUAUUUAUUUAAUUCCGCCUGAAAUCAAAUCAAUAUAUUAAAAUAUAUAAUAAUAUGUUAAUGUAUUCAUUAAUUUACCUGAAGUUGAGAUGUUUUCAUGGCAUUAUAAUUAGGAGUAGGAGUAACACUAUCUUCAAUAAUUUCAGGUAAUACAGUUGUUUUCAAAUUUUUCUUAUAAUUACAUCUACAUUGAGAAUUAUUGUAAGAUUCAGCUAUAUCCUCCUUAAUAUGUCUCGUACCAAUAUGUAAAUUUGUUUCCAACAGUGAUUUCCUUUUAAAUUUUCUAUUGUAUUUUUUUUUACUUAAUGAUUUUUCAUUAUCCUUGAACUCUACAAAAGAAUUGUUAUUAUUAACAAUUUAUUAUAUAAGUCAGUAAGUAUUAAUUAUUACAAUUGAUAUAAUUCAUUUACCUAAUUGAUUUACUUCUUCAGUAAACAAUAAAGUAUUAAUGUUAUCAUCACUGUCAUUAAUAUAAGCAUUUUCUAAGUAAAUAUCAUUUUCAGAAUUAUGAGAAUUACUAUUUUCAGAGUUUUGAUAAUGUAAACUACUUGUACUUUUUUUAUUUCCUUCGUGCUUAUGCACGUAUAAAAUAUUGUUACCUAAUUCAGGACUGGAAGAUACUGAUAUUGAGGUUUCUACUGAAUUAUGUUCAUCUAUACUUGAUUUAUUUUUAAUUGUUUGUAAAUUGAUAUUGCUUUCUGAUUUACUAUAUUUUAGCUUAUUAGAAUUAUUGAACUUUUGGUCUUUAGAAAUAUUUUUUUGGGUACUUAAUGAUUUGACAUUAGUAAAGAAGCUUCCACUUCUAAAAGACAAACUACAGUUGUAACUAGAAAAAAAGCUGUACCAAAAAUGGAAUUGACUACUGAACAAAAAAAUGAUAUAAAAGAAGCAUUUGAUUUAUUUGAUCCAGAUGGCACUGGAAGAAUAGCUACCAAAGAACUUAAAGUAGCCAUUAGAGCUCUUGGAUUUGAACCAAAAAAAGAGGAAAUAAAAAAACUUAUUGCUGAUGUUGAUCCAGAUGGUCUUGGUACAUUGUCAUUUGAAGAAUUUCUAAAUUUAAUGUCUACAAAAAUGUUGGAAAAAGACACGAAAGAAGAAGUUUUAAAAGCAUUUCGUCUCUUUGAUGAUGAUAAUACAGGAAAAAUAUCUUUUAAGAAUUUAAAAAGAGUUGCACGAGAAUUAGGAGAAAAUCUUACGGAUGAAGAAUUGCAAGAAAUGAUUGAUGAAGCAGAUAAAGAUGGUGAUGGAGAAGUUUCUCAAGAUGAAUUUUUACGUAUUAUGAAAAAAACUAGUUUUUGUAAUAUUAUUAACAAUUUAAAGUUAUUAACUUUUAAAAAUAUAAUUGCGAAUAAUAUUCCUGUUUGUAUUGCUGUUUAUUCUGAUGCAAUUUGGUGGCUUCAUCGAGCAAGCGUAGAAUAA